AUGCUCCCUUAUGUAUUCAGAGCAACGAUCGGGAAGCAAGAGGAGAUAUGGUUAACGAUCGGACACCUGUGGAAGCGGCUCCGAUCUUCGUUGCUGUUGGGACAGGGCCCAGAUGGUAGUGACGCAUUGGGCCUCAUUCUGGCCACUGCCCAGUUUGUUCGGAAUAUCGUAGCCGAGGUACCCGAAAAUCAAGUUAAAGCCAUCGAAUCGGAAAACGACAUUAGGGAUAUCAUUCACUGGUUAUCGUCUUAUUAUCACGGGCUAGAUAGUCGAUACCACGCUGCAACACGGAUGCUUGUGCAAAUGCUUUCUAAUAUUGUGACCGGCAAUGACAGCCUCGUUUCUUCUUUAUGGAAUUCGUACAUGGAAUUCGAGGACGACAAGAGCCUUUUCCCCCGACUUCUCGUGAUCCCUGAUAAACAGGUUCGCAUUUCAACAUGCAUAUUCAUCCUUAACUGCGUCAAAGGGAGCCAUCAUAGGAGUCUUCAGCUCUCCGUCACUCAUGCGGGAGUACGCAUAUGUUCACUACUACUUAACCAAGCACAUGUACUUUUCGAACGAGAUGAAGACUCAGAAAAUGAUGAACUGCGACUUAUCAUCCAAAUCAUAGGCGAUCUGUGCCAAAUGUCUUUGGCACAUUCUUUGUGGAAGUCUUUAUCCGUCGAAGAUGAGGUCAUCACGCCUCAACAGAUAACCUUCCUUAAACUCCUUGACGCAAGGCUCCAGGAAGGGAUUAACAUUGACAUCAAAUCGAACAAUUUUGUGGGUGGCGUACUAUGCCACUUCAUGGAACACACACGAGCCUCUGUUUCUGACACGCUAGAGCAAGCGCAACAAAAUGGACACCCAGUGACGCUGGACCCACGGUUACCGCACAUCUUCGAGGCAAUAAUAAUGCUCAAUCAAUGCACCAUAUCCAUCUUGUUGUUUGAGGCUGAACAGCCCACGUCAGAAACGACGUUUCGAGACUCUUUACUCGCUGGGUUGCAUGCCAUAGAGACAAUUAUCGAGUGUCUGAAACUCCUUGACAUGUUCCUUCCGCGAAUCUUGUGGGGGAAGGCACAACAUUCCCAUCCACAACCAUCACGAUUAGUGGAUUCAUGGACGGCCGCAGAUCCGGCCGCAUUCUCAUACAUGAAACGCGAUCUCGUCAGAUUACUCGGCAUUUUAUGUCACAGACGUAAAGAUGUCCAGGACAAAGUACGGGAUUGUGGUGGUAUACAUGUAGUUCUUAAUCUUUGCGUCGUCGAUGAGCGAAAUCCAUAUCUUCGAGAGCACGCUCUCUUCACAUUAAGGAAUUUGCUUGCCGGGAACGAUGAGAACCAGAAAAUAGUAGCGGAGUUGGAACCAAUGGGUGUAUGGUCUGAAGACGGGGAACUAAAGGAUGUGUCAGGACGCGUGAGGAAGUAA